AUGGCGACGGGCCUCCACCUCACGGCGGCAGCAGGAGUGCCGGUGAGUGCAUGUUGGCCGCAGGUCGACUCGUGGGGCGAGGAGGGCGAGGGGGCAGCGCGCGGGGGGCAGCAAGAGGCGUCCCUAUGCAUAAUCCCCCCCUUCCAUUCCCUUCAGCAUGGCGGGCAGCGCGGAGACGACACGGCGGCUGGCACGGACGGAGUCGACUCGUGGGGCGAGGAGGGCGAGGGGGCAGCGCGCGGGGGGCAGCAAGAGGCGUCCCUAUGCAUAAUCCCCCCCUUCCAUUCCCUUCAGCAUGGCGGGCAGCGCGGAGACGUCACGGCGGCCGGCACGGACGGAGGGUCCAAGACCGAAGACCGCCCCCGACUGCGGCAUAGGUGUUGUGCGGCAGGGGUGGCUGACGGCGUUGGGUCGCCCGCGCCUGAAGCGCCCCUGUGUGUGAGUGAGUGUUGUGACGAGGGAUGGGGGGACGCUCCCUGA